AUGUCUGCCACGGUGAAGAAGUCGAUGAGCAAGAGAAGGAGUAUGACGGAGGAAGCCAAAGGAACAGUCACGAAGUAUCUGAAGACGCUCUGUGCAAGGCUAACAUACAUCCUGAUGUUGCUGGAUAAUUUAUACAAUGGAGUGCUCGUCUUAUGGAAGACUGCAAUGGAGAGACUGGAGCUGCCGAUGCAGAAUCAGAUCAUGAUCAUGGCCGACAAGAUCCAGGACUGCGCCUCCGGUCUUGCUGACUACAUCUUCCCGAUGCAACCAGUAGCGGAGUUGCUCAGCACGAAGAAAAAAGGAGGCAUCAUCCCAUACAGCAUGUUUAAAACGGUCCUUGGCGUCGACAACAAGUUGGCCGAAAUGUGCGAGACGUUUUGGGCGAUGGAAGAUAAGAUGCUGGAAUACGGAUGGCCAUUCGAAACCGAGAACAAGUUGAAUGGGAAAUGCAACAAGUGGGUUGUGGAGCUAAAAAGCAAGAUGGAAGUCCUAACUGAUGACCAGAUAGACACUAUAGUUGAAAUGAAGAAGAAUGUGAAAAAGUGUGCAGUGUGAGCCUUGAAGUUCUUCGAUAAAGGAUAGUCCUAGCGAACAAUUGAACAUGUUGACGAAAUCAAGAAAAAAGCAAUUGUUGAUCUUAAUCUUGUUGUUGAUGAAGAUAAUUAAUAGUACUCAUUUGAAGCCAAGACUUCUCAGAAAGGUCAGCAACUCUAACAAUGCAGGCGGAGGAAGGCGAAUGAAGAUAUGG